AUGGCAAAAGGCUCAAGCUCAUCAGUAUUAAAAGAAAAGUCUUCAGACCUUGAGUACUCCGGCAGAACCUUUUUCCUGAUAGCCAGCUUGAUCAUGGAGUUCUUACUAGUCUUCAACAUUUUUUGGUCAUGCAGAGACACUUUUGACUGCUCCACAUUUUGGCCUACCCUAAGCUAUCUUGCCUGCUUCCGUGGUCACGACCGUCUAUUCAACUUUACUCUAACCUAUUUCACAGCCAUUUUGCCUGUAUUUCUCAUUAUCUCCUAUACACAUUUCUCUCACAUAUACGGGCGCUGUUUUAAUUUUUGCUUUAUAAGCCUCGGAAUCCUCAUUACUUUUACCUUGCCGUUUAUAUCUAUGAUAGAUGAAGCUAAUAGUUCCCAUAUAAUGCCACUAGAAAAAAUCCAUAUAGGAAUUAUGACAUGGUUUAUUGCUGGGGUUUUAAUAUGGAUCUAUAUGUCAAUGCUCUGCAUGAGGAAAAUAAAUAUCCCUGCAGAUAGGAUUGAAUGGAAAGGCUUUUUAGAAAAAUACUUGACAUUUGGAAUCACUAUGCUUGGCUUCAAUAUUUAUGAAUAUUUUUUUGCAUACUCUAAAAAUGCAAAUUGGUGGGUCAACCAAAACGUCGAAGCUGUCUGUGAAUGGACUGUGAUUUCUAUGGCUGUAUUUUUGCCUUAUGUAUACAGCUUAGCAUUCCCAAACCUUCGAAUUUCUUUUAAAAUGGCACGAAUUUAA